CAACAUUUAAGUACUUUUUUCUUGAAACUUUACUCAACUCUUGAUAAACUUCAAAAAUUACCAGAAGACGCCUCUUUUAUUAUACAACUACAAGUCACAGAGUUUGCACAUCUGGAAUACAAGCAAAACCCUUUAAAUGAGAAUUUUUUAUGGGUUGCAUCACCUGAGUGUGAAAGUAAUUCGUCUCCUGUAAUAGUGCCUUUGCAUACUGUUCAAACAGAUUUCGUUCAUUUUCAAAUACUUAUUGAAAAACCGUCUUUAAAAAAUGUGUGAUAGCAACGCCAGAAAGCGGAAACAUAAUUCGUUUGAGAAGUGCAGAACUGUGAAAGGUAUUUUUAAAAAGGGCGAUUUGGAUGAUUCUUUGUCAGCCUCUGAUUGGGGUUCGCAUGAUUAUUAUAAAUCGAGAAGGAGAAAUAAUCGAUGUGUUAAAUUGGAUGUUGAUCCUUUGCUUCUGACAUGUGAAUGGGAUUCCUGUUAUCAAGAUUUUACAGAAUUAGUUUCCUUUAUUAAUCAUUUGAAGCAGCACUUGCAGAAUUACAGUUUAAUCGGAGAAGGAGGUAUUUACGCUUUUAAGACCCUAUUUGCCACUUGUAAACUCGAAAUUAUACAUUUUACUCCAACUUUUGUAGAUUGUUGUUGGUCAGGGUGUACCUACGUUGCCAGCUCAAUGCUAGACCUAAAUCAGCACGUGUGCUACCAUGCAUACCAUACCAAAUUAAUAUCGCGUGGUAAAAGUGUCUUAUACCGCACCAAUUUACCAGAAUGCACCCUAACGGAGCACUUUGUAAUUCCAGUAACCCCUGACGGUUACCUUUGCGAAUGGGAAUAUUGCAACGAGAGAUUCGAAACGGUAUUUGAGUUCUUCGACCACGUUCAAAUUCACGUUUAUCACAAUCCUAAGAGCAAUAAAGAGGGUGUUAUUACUUGUUGUUGGAAAGGGUGUACCCAUAAAACUAAAUUUCGUUCACAGUGUAGAUUAUCUGAACAUUUAAGGAUUCAUACGAAAGAGAAAAUAAUUGCAUGUCCGACUUGUGGUAAUUUGUUUGCUAAUAAAACGAAGUUUUGUGAUCAUCGAAAAAGACAGUUGCCUAUUAAUCUACAAAGUUAUUUGUGUUCGCAAUGCUCUAAAUAUUUCCCGAGUGAACGGUUAUUGAGGGAUCAUAUGCGAUUACAUAUUAACCAGUAUAAGUGUUCCAUGUGUGAAAUGACGUGUCCCAAACCAUCAAUUCUUGCGAAACAUAUUAGAUAUAAACAUUUGAGUGAGAAACCGUACAAAUGUAACCACUGCGAUUACGCAUGUGUUUCAAAGCACAACUUGGAUUUCCAUUUAAAAACACACGACCCCGAUAGCCAAUUGAAGUGCACAGAUUGUGAUUUCGAAUGUCGAUCUUCAUUCGGAUUGGACCGACACUAUCAAAAAGCUCACGGAAAAGAUUGGAAUAAUGUCUACGAAUGUCACAACUGUAAGAAACAAUUUAUUCGUGGCGGCUUCUUGACUAAACAUUUAAUGAAAGUUCACAAUUACCACUGGCCCUCGGGUCACUCGAGAUUUCGGUACAAAGAAGAUUCAGACGGAAUCUAUCGGCUUCAAACAGUCCGAUAUGAGACUCUAGAUGUGACUGAAGAAAUUAUCAAAGGGAAAACGGUGCAAGCUCCUUCGGAGAAGGAAUCUCUAAAUUUCGAUGUGGUGAAAAGAAAAGCGAAAGAUUGUAAUUCGUUGCAUACUUUUGAUGUGGUUUUGUCGGAGAAAGAUCGCAAAGAGAGUGAUAGUGAAGCGGCGAAGAAGGUUUUGAUACAAAUCGACGAUCUUGAUGUGAAAGGAAAAGUGGUCAAGUCUAAGACGAUACAGUCGAGUGAAAUAUUUUGUGCAGAUUUAGAGGAGAUAACUGAUUGUGAUAGCACAGAAAUUGUGGCGCUAGGAUCUACAGCCAAUAAUGAAGUUUAGUUGCAUCUUUUGAUGGUGUUUUAUUUAAUACCUUAAAUACAAAAUUUUGUAUUUUAUUUAUGAUCAAUAAAGUGCCAAAAAACACUC